AUGAGGAUCCCCAGAGACCUGCAUGGCCAGGACAUACUCCCUCUGGCGGCCCCCAACUCUCUUCGGGGCCGCCCGUCAUAUUCCCCCCGGUUUGCACCAGCUCAUCCCGAGGAUGCCAGUCUGGCUAACAUCGCAGAAGCGGAGGAUUCCUCUACCACUGAGGGAACCAUGGAUGCCAGUAUGCCUCUCCUGCGUCGCGUAGGACACCGCUCUGUAGCCACUGCACGGAACUCACCUUCAGCCAUACCCGCUCCCUCCUUUUCCCAGGCCGAAUCUGUCAUGUCUGCGGACGAGGAAGUGCCCGAUGUAUCGGACACUUGGGCUAGGCUGCUCAACACCAUCCCUCUGGACAACAAUCUCCCCAGCGCAGACUCCUCUUUCACCUCCGCCACUGCGUCUGCCUCCGCUUCUGGCUCUGGUGGUUCACGGUCGUCUACCGCAGCACCUACCUCUCUCACCCCCAGUUCGUCUUUUGGCUCCUCCGUCUCUGCACGCAUGCAUAUAAUGUUUGACCCGUUUCCCUCCUUCCCUGCAAAUUGUGAUUAUAUCUCUUCCUCCGACAACUCAGACACAGAGGCAGAAGACCACGACCCAGAACGGCAUCGGGGCUACAGACGGCCUAGUCAGUCCCGAAGCCAAUCGCAGUCUCAAUCGCAGACGCCAACGCAGACACAGAACCCUGCACAACCCCAGUCCGAGAGCAACACGCCCACCGAUAGUUCCGCUCCGACUGCUUCUUCCUUCACACUCGAGAAUGAAGCAGCGGGCCUACAACUACUCCACGACACCCUCAACCUUCUGAGCAGACGAGAUGACAUCCCCGAUGAAUGGUGGGCGACCGCCGGCCUCACUCGCAUCAUUAAUCGCGAACUGAACCGUGAAUUAAGUCGUGAUCAAAACGCCGAGUGA